AUGGGAUUUGAUGAUGAUUCGAGGAUUCGAAGAAAUCGAACUGCUUUUAGUGACAAGCAAUUAGAAAGGUUUGGUUUUUUUAACUUGGAAGUUAGCCUAACUAUAGUUAUCAUAACUUAUUAGUUGUCAUAACUUAAGUUACCCUAACUUAUCCUUAACUUAAAGUUAUCCUAAUUUAUCCUUUUUGCAGAUUAGAAUCAACAUUUCAAAAAUGUCAAUAUCCAGACAUGAUACAACGCGAAAAAUUGAGCAAAAUUAUCGAUUUACCAGAAGCCAGGAUUCAAGUAUGGUUCAAAAAUCGGAGAGCAAAACAGCGGAAAAGGCAGAGAAAUGAGAAAUCGGAGAGUCCUCCGAAGUUUAAUGAGGAUGAGAAUCGGGAAGAGGAAGAUCGGAAUCGGGAGAAAAUGAUGAGAAAAGAUGCGGCGACUAUUAUAAGUGAGUCUUGAAAGUGCGCCCUAUUGAUAACACCGCGUUUGUUGCCGAAAUUUGAAUUUUUUUAUUUUUGAGAAACCAAAAAUAGCCCUUUUACUAUCAGAAAAUCCCAAAUUUUCGUGUCAAAACGCCAAAAUUCAUGAAAAAUAACCGGGUCUGACCGAAAACCAAGAAUUUUGGACGAAAAUAAGCAAGCGCGCCCUAUUGAUAACACCGCGUUUGUAGGAAAAAUUUGAAUUUUUUUUUCUGAGUAACCAAAAAUAGCCUUUUUACUAUGAAAAAUCCCAAAAUUCAUGAAAAAUAGUAGAAAAUCAUUCAUUUUGACCUAAAAUUCGUAAUUUCCGAUGAAAAAUAACCGGGCCUGUCCGAAAACCACAAAUUUUAGACGAAAAUAAGCAAGUGCGCCCCAUUGAUAACAUCGCGUUUUUUGGCAAAAAUUUGAAUUUUCUUUUUUUUUUCUUGAGAAACCAAAAUUAGCAAUUUCCAGCCUGGACACCUGGUGCCUCUCUUCAAUGCGUAAUGCCAGACCCGAAAAUCUGCGCAAGCCCAUUUGUACAAUACUAUCAGGUAACUAACUCAUUUUUCUCUCAUUUCCCCGAAAUCCUUAUGUUUUUGCAGAUUCCUCAAUUCGUGCGUCUCGAAAAUUGCCAAAAAUCUUCCUAA